UGUGAACAAAAUUUUAAGUCGAAAUUCCCUAAUUUCAUUUUUACAGUAAAUACCUCGAGAUGGAUAGAAAAUUCAGUAAAACGGUCAUAACUCUUGAUAGAAGAAGCAGAAACCCAAAUCCUUUUAGGGUAUUUACUAUCUCAAUAUGCUCACUUAAAUGAGAUAUAAAUGAUUCAAAACGGGAGGUUACACCUCGGGAAGUUCCCUCGUGAACACAAAUAGCUGCUAAAAACUUCUCGUCUCUAUUUUAUCACGCUUUGAAAAAACUUAUCUAAGUUAAACCAUGAAACACAAAAAAAAAACUAUCGAUUUUAUUGAAAAAACUUUUUCGUGAAGAACGCAAAUACAAAAACAAUCAGAAAAAUUCGGAGAAUCAUAUUAACGUCACUGCUGAAUAAAUAUAUAUGUUGUCUUAUUGAUAACAUGAUAAUUUGUAAUUGGAUCAAGCGAAUUAGACAUUAUAUUUGUAUCCUUUUGUGAAACACGAUCUGAAAGGAGUGUUGAAGUGUUUAAGGGUAGCAAUUUGGAUCCCCCCUCCCCUCCACAGACCGUGACAGACAUCUUAAUCAAUUAGUAUUUAAUUAACUAAUUAACCGUCACAGACCGUGACAGACAGGGCUUGGGACCCAUCACAGAUCGUAACAGAGAAACUGUAGUUCUAAAGCAUUAGAUAAACCGAUAGAUACAAAUAUAUCGCAAAGAAAUGGAACAAAACAAUUUCCAUUUAACUAGUAACAAUAGAUCCAUCGUGUUUCACAUUUUUAAUCCCGCAAGGGAUUGCGCUAACAGAUUUUUCAUAAUAUAUACAAUUGAAGCAUAAUUAGGAUUUUCCAAGAGAGCAAUAUAUUAUGACUUAUCCUAUUAAUGUUUAUAUAUUCUCAUCUUAGGUUUCAUCUUUGAAAUAACUUGCUAAUGUAGUGGAUUUUCUUUUCAGCCUGUCUUAUCUUACUAAAACAAGGAUAAACACAGGGUGCCUCAAAAGUCCUGUCGCGAUAAGAAAUUGAGAUAUCUCGACCAGAUGUCGACCAAAUGAGCUGAAAUUUUGCCCAGUGAUAGAAGCAUAUUCAAAGUUUAUAUCCAUAAAGAUAUACAUAUAGAGACUCUUUGUUAAGUAUUGCUACUGACUUCAACACAAAAAAUUUACUUUUUCACAGAUACAAAGAAAAACCAAUAUACUUAGCAAAUGGGUUCUCUAGGCAUGUCCUUAUGAAUAUAUAAAGCUUGGACAUACCUCUUGAAUUGAUACAAAAAUCAACUUGUUCGCUCGAGUUGUAAUGGAGAUAUGAAAUUUUUUAUUCGGGAAAGUGACUUUUCCGAUACUUUGUAUACUGUUUUUUUCUAUUUGUAAAAAAGUAAAUUUUUUGUGUUGAAGUCAAUAGUGAUACUUCACAAAGGGUCUCUAUAUGUAUAUCUUUAUGAAUAUAAACUUUGAAUAUGCCUCUAUCACUGGUAAAAAUUUCAGCUCAUUUGGUCGACAUCUGGUGGAGAUACCUCAAUUUCUUAUUGCGACAGGACUUUUGGUACCCCUGUACAAAAGUAGUAUAUAUAUGAUUCAAAUAAAUAUGUUUAUUUGCAUUCAUUCCACUUUUCGGCUUUUGCAUUCUUAAAAAAAUUAUUUUCUCUUAUAAAUAUUAACAUUGUAUCGUUUUUUUUUUCAGGAUAAAUAUGUUCAUUCACAUGUAAAUUGCAAUCGUCUUGAAGAUACAGAUACAGAAUUAAGUGGAAUGGAAGAAGCUCAAUGUACUUUAAACAAAGUAAAACAAUUAAACAUGCAGGACUAA